UGAGGCGCUAACUGCUGAGCUGGGGCCUCCGGGAAUCCUCCAGUGGGACCGGCUGGGCCGGGCGCCGGGGGCGUUGGGGUGACCUCCCGGCGGGCGUUGUGCUACCAGACCGGCCCCGCCUGACUCUCUCCUGCCGCGCGGCAGGCGCCGCGCUCGCAGCCCUGCUUUUUCCGCCAGCCAGGCUGUGGGCGAGUUAGACCUCCCAGCCUCACGGGGCUGCUGUGCGGCUGCGGCGACGCGGGCGACUGCGGCGCUGCGGAGGAGACGCGGCUCGGGAGGCGGCGCCACGGGCUGGUGAUUGCAGCUGGAAGUGUCCAUGACUGAGCUGGCGUCCUCCGGGGGUGGGUCCCCUGCGGGGGACGGGGAGGAGGGUCUGGGGGACGAGCGAGGCCUGGUCAUCCAUCACCCUGCGGAAGAGCAGCCCCACCGUUGCCCGCUGUGCGGCCAGACCUUCUCGCAGCAGCCCAGCCUGGUGCGGCAUCAGAAGGCGCACGCCGGGGCUGGCCGCGCGGCCGCCUUCGUGUGCCCUGAGUGCGGCAAGGCCUUCAGCGUCAAGCACAACCUCGAGGUGCACCAGCGCACCCACACCGGCGAGCGACCCUUCCCCUGCCCAGAGUGCGGGCGCUGCUUCAGCCUCAAGCAGAACCUGCUCACGCACCAGCGCAUCCACAGCGGCGAGAAGCCGCACCAGUGCGCGCAGUGCGGCCGCUGCUUCCGCGAGCCGCGCUUCCUGCUCAACCACCAGCGCACCCACGCACGCAUGCCCGCGCCGCACCCGCGCCGCCCUGGCGUCUUCGGGGAGCGGCGGCCCUACUUCUGUGCCCGCUGCGGCAAGAGCUUCGCGCGCGAGGGCUCCCUCAAGACCCACCAGCGCAGCCAUGGCCACGCGCCCGAGGGCCAGGCGGCCCAUUUAGGCCGCGUGCUAUGAUGCGCGCCGGGCCUGCUGCUUGUUUCCUGCCCCAGAGCCUUGUCUGUGACCCCUGGAGAUGGCUCUGGGCUGCGGCCCCCACUCUGGAUGGGACCCCGGGAGACAGGGAGGGCUGGCUUGGGGACUUGAAACGGGCCCCAAAGCUGCGGGGGCCGCCUCCUGCCCGUCCGCCAGGCCCUCCCUGCUGGCCGCACACAGCUGCUUUGGGCCUCUGCGCCGCUUUCCCUCCUUAGGCCUUCCCAGCCUAGAGCAGCAUGUCAGAGUGGAAAGCGACCUGAGAUGGCCGCUCUCCACAACCCGCAGGCCCGCCCCCAACUUCUCCUGGCUCCAGCCCUUACUAUCUGGUGUCCUUGAGAAGUUGUUUCACUCCAUGGCUCAGUUUACUCUUCUGUAAGUUGGGGCUAAAGGUGAGGGCUUCCCCUCCCUGGUGUAUCAUGAGGAUCAGAGUUACCAUCAUUAGGUAAGAGAGGGAGAUGUCACUGGUCCAGAACCUUUAUUGAGCACGGUGUGCCAGGCACUGUGCUGGGCCCGGCUCUGGGAGGAGGCGUAGACACAAGGCCCCCCACCCCCUGAGGCUCCACGUGUGGUGCUCACACAGGUAAUGCAGGCUGGUGUAGGGGGCACACUAUAAAGUGCUGGGGUUGGGGAUAACUGGUUUGAAGGCUUGAACUGGUCCUGGGGACGAAUAGAGAUGCUCUAGGAAAAGUGGGGGUGUGGAAGGAGGUUUCCGCAGUGGGGGUACGACAGUGGAGGCUCCUGUCCACCAGACGAAGGCUCUUGUGGCUGGGGAGGGGAGACACGCACAUGUGUAAUGAGAGCAGCGUGGUGAUCUCCAGUACACAGUUCGAGGAUUGGAGGCACUGUGGGGACAAAUGUGAGUGGACCAGCAGGAGCCUCCAGGGUUUGGGGUCACCUGGGCAAAAGAAAAUGAGGCCUCCAGCUAAGAGGCUUGCCCAGGGUCGUGCAGUGAGAAAGGAGAGAGCCAGGACUUGCCCCCCAGGCCUCUGAUUCCACACUGGCACUCAGGCAUGGCUUCUUCAGCCCUUGGCAGGUGAGAAACUGAGGCUUGCCCACGCUUGCCCCACUCACACUUCAUAUUCAGUGGCACAGCGGUGUAAGCCUGGACCCCAAGCCCCUCAUCUCUACCACACCAUCCUGUGGUGGGAAAUAGCACACCAAAGAUGUGGCCAUGUGACAAGGGACCAUGUGGUAGGAGCCUAGGCAGGGCAGGGCUGUCACUGGGUGGUGUGGGUGCCUGAAGGAGACAGGCACCCACCAUGGUGGGCUGGGAGGAAGGAAGCUGGAGGCUUGGGGAGGACCUGCAGCCACAGAGCCCUUGCUUGGCACCCAGUCCUGUGCCAGGUGCUGGAGACCCGUCCCUGCCCUCUGACCCUCAUUAGAGCUUCAUGGCUCCUUGGGGAUGCAUUGUCCUCUGUCCGCUGCCCCUAGGUGGCUCAGGUGACUGCUGUGAUGUGUGGACUAGUAUUUAGUGACAGAGAUUGAGAUUAAACCAGGACCUGGGACAUCUUAAACCAACCACCAAAGUGCCCUGAACCAGGUUGUCUCAUUGGGAAAUGGGAUUAGGAACCUGGAGUGCUUGGUGGCGGGUGAGAGGACCAGCUCACAGCCCUGGGCAGAUGCACGGUGGCCUCGCCACUGCUCUCUCCUGGCCCCAGGGGGGUGGCUGGGCAGGGCCAUGUCAUAGCCCCAGGCCUGACCCUGGUCUCUUUGUGAACAGAUGCAGAGUGGGCAGGACCUCUGGGCAGUGUGCAAGGCACAUUUGGGCACAGAAACCAGAAAUGGGGGCCCAUGGGGCCUGUGCCCCACUGGAGGACACAUCUCCUAAGAAGACCUACCUCGGGAGGUGACCUGCAGUGACGGCAGAGGGGACGGAUGGAGCUGAGA